GCCGGGCAAAACAUUUCCAGCACGCAUGGAAACAAGUUUAGAAUCAGAAUCACAUCACACCAGGAGACAGCCAGACAGUCAGACAGUCAGACAGUCUGAAACUAAGAGAUACAGCACAUGGACGUACAGAUAUAGGAGCCGGGAUUAGACACAAUCGAACAUGGCCAGCGACCCUGCCAAUUCCAGAGACCAGAUCAACAUAAACGCGGACGUUUCGGAUAUUUCCACUAGCGAGAGUGAGCUAACCAGCGACGACUAUACUAGCGAUAGCGAAGAUGAGAGCUGCACAGUGGCCGAUCCCGACACCAGUCCGCAGACGAGCAUGUACAGUCUGCUGUCGGCAGAAUCAGACAGCGACUUGGAGGAGGAGCAGGAGAAUUUCUGCGAAGAGACUAUUUCGCUGCUUGCCCACGAGAUCCUCUGCUGUGAGGGCGACAGUGAGGGCUCAGAGGUAGAGUCCGACGGCGAGGACAUCGACGAGGCCAGGGAAUACGAUAUGUUUGGAGAAUCCUCAGAGUUUGGGCUUCCUACAUACCGGCUCAUGCUGAGCGACGAGGACGAAGAUAAUUCGAAUGAGGUCGAAGUGGUAGGCAGUAAUCCGUUCGUUGGCGAGACAAUCUUCCUGCUAGAAAAGGAUAAGGAUCAACAGAGCGAGGAGAAGUCCGAGUCAAAGGAGGAAGAAAAAAUCUUCCAAAUGGAGCUUUUUGAGUAGGGCUGGGGUUGGUUGAAUCGGCAUCUCUGCAGGCGGUUUUUUUUUGGUUUUUACAGAUAUUCACAUUCGAUGAUCAUGGAUCUAAUAUUUAUGGAGGGCAAGAUAUGAGAUGGAUCCUUACCAGCAAACUCAAUUUUCAGGAUAAGGCUUAGAGUAAUUAGAAACGUACUAUCCGAGUAUAUUUCUUUUUUAGCCAGAUAUCAACAUUUAUGUAUUCGCGCAAAUUAACAUACAUACAUUGUUUUAUGCAUUAGGUGUACAAAUGUCCCGAAGCGGCAAAAGUGUGACUCCCUCAGGGAACAGACAAUCCUGGCUUUUUGUGCGAGUCAACAGCAUCCAUAGAUAGCAGUAUACAGGACGCAGUUAAUGGCGACAGAUAAUGAGUGGAACACACUGCUGAUCCCAAGACUACAAACUUUAUAAAUUUGUCAAAUUGUUUACAAUAGAGUAAAUUGAUCGAUACCAU